AUGUUCGUCUUUCUUCGCAGCCUUGUCAUCAUGGGAAGAAAAACAAGAUACCCUAAUCAUCGCGUAAGCCUUCUAUUAUCAUCAACAAGAAAUUUACCGUCUCCAUUGAAUCCUAAUAAAAUAAUUUUCUGCAACUGUUCAUCACCAUCAUCGUACACAUUCUUAUUCUGUGUCACCAGUUUUCUCUGCUUAUUUCGGUACCCUUUUUCGAGUAAGGCUUUCUGUGACGAAAUCGGAGACGAACUUGGUCGGGAAUCCAUUUGUGAAAUUGUUAAGAAUGAGCGCUGGGACGAUUAUAGGAUCAUCAAAUAUUUUGAUUCAAGUUUAGCCCCAAUUUGGGUUUCGAAAAUACUAUUACAACUAAACGAAGAACCUACGUUAGCUUUUAAGUUCUUCAAAUGGGCUGAAACCCGACCUAAGUUUUGUCAUACGACUGAGGCCUAUUGUAUUCUUACCCAUAUUUUGUUUUUCCAUAAGCUUUACAAUGAAGCUCAUGGUAUUCUAAAAGCUUUGCUUAGUUCUACCCUAGUUUUGCCAGGUUUUGAUGUGUUUGAUGUAAUGUGGUCGACCAGAAAUGCUUGUCGUCCAGGGUGGGGGGUAUUUGACACAUUGUUCAAUGUAUUAGUGGAAUUAGGGAAAUUUGAGGAAGCAAAUGAGUGUUUUUCAAGGAUGAAAUCUCAUAAAGUUCUCCCAAAAGCACGUUCUUGUAAUUCAUUUCUGGGUAGAUUAACUAAGAUUGGUAAAGGAGACUUCUCAAAGAAGUUCUUCAAGGAAAUGAUUAUGGCUGGUGUUAAGCCUUCUAUAUUCACUUACAAUAUCAUGAUUGAUUAUUUGUGUAAAGUAGGAGACAUGGAAGGUGCACAAAGAUUUUACAUGGAGAUGAAAACAUUAGGGAUUACACCAGAUAUUGUUACUUAUAAUUCACUUAUUGAUGGGUAUGGUAAGCUUGGGAAGUUAACCGAAUCAAUCUGUAUAUAUAAUGAUAUGAAGAACAUCGGUUGUUACCCUGAUGUGAUCACAUACAAUGCAUUGAUAAACUGUUUGUGUAAGUUUGGUAGAAUGCCACAAGCAUUUGAGUUUCUUCAUCACAUGAAGAAAAGUGGAUUGAAACCAAAUGUGGUAACUUACAGCACAUUCAUUGAUGCUUUCUGUAAAGAAGGAAUGAUGCAAGAAGCAAUCAAGUUUUUCAUGGAUAUGAGACGUGUUGGUCUUAUUCCCAAUGAAUUCACAUAUACUUCUUUAAUUGAUGCAAAUUGUAAAUCAGGUUGUAUUCAGGAGGCUGUGAAGUUAAUCAAAGAGAUGAAUGAGGCAGGUGUUAUGGUGAACACAGUUACAUGUACAGCUUUACUUGAUGGGCUUACAAAAGAAGGUAAAAUGAAAGAAGCUGAUGUGUUUUUUCAAGAAAUGCUUAAAACCGGUAUAUCACCUAACAUAAAAAGCUAUACAACUCUUCUUCAUGGGUAUAUAAAAUUGAAUAACGUAAGUGAGGCUACAAAUAUUUGGGAACAAAUGGAAGCCAAAAGCUUCAAACCAGACUUAUUGCUAUAUGGUACUUUGAUCCUAAGACUCUGUAAUGACAAAAAGAUUGAAGAUGCUAAGGCUGUUCUUCAAGAAAUGAAGAAAAAUGGUAUAAAUGCGAAUUUUGUGAUCUAUACAACAAUUAUGGAUGCAUAUUUUAAAUCAGGACACAAAAAAGAAGCUCUUGAUUUGUUUCAAGAAAUGAAUGAAACAGGUUUGACCCCAUCAGUUGUGACUUACAGUGUCUUAAUUGAUGGUUUGUGCAAACUUGGAUAUGUCCAUGAGGGAAUGGAUCAUUUCUGUAACAUGUCAGAUGUUGGAAUUGAGCCUAAUGUUAUUGUUUAUACAGCUCUUAUUGAUAGUUUUUGUAAAAAUGAUCAAUUAGAAUCAGGUGUGAAACUGUUUGAUGAAAUGGUGGGAAAGGGUGUGAUUCCAGAUGUAAAUGCAUACACGUGUUUGAUUGAUGGGAAUCUAAAACAUGGGAAUGUUAAUGAGGCUUUGGAAUUGAGGGACAAAAUGGUGGAAAAUGGUGUAAAGUUUGAUCUUCAUGCAUACACUUGUUUGAUUUGUGGGCUUUGUAGAUGUGGUAAAAUGGUGGAAGCAAGAAAGUUUUAUGAUGAGAUGAUUGUGAAUGGUGUUUGUCCAGAUGAUGUGAUUUAUGGGUGUCUUGUGAAAAAGUAUUAUGAGAUUGGUGAUACAAAAGAAGCUGAGGAAUUGCAAAAUGAGAUGGUUGGAAGACGAAUUGUGAAUGAACACAUUGGAAGUCGUAUAAAUUUGGAUCAAGACUUUUGCAAUCUUCAAACUAAGAUAUGGGAUUUAUCCACUCAAAGAGGCGACAUGAAUCUCAUUGAUUACCAAGUGAUUCCAUCAUCUUUCAGCAUAACCCAGUUCUUGAAUCUGGUAGUUUUGGAAGGGAGAGGCAGAUGGGGUCAAGAAUCUCUGAAAAUAGAUAGUGUGCUGAAAGAGUAUAAAUGGGAAGGCCAUAAAGAUGAAUUGAAGCUUGGGAAGCGAAGCAUGUCUAAAACAUAG